AUGUAUACCUUCGAUCGAGAUAGCCAGGUCAACUGCUUGGCUCGUUGGCCUCACCUGCUCCACAUCCAGACAAUUCCACUCGACGAAAGAACCACAAUCGGCGUGGUGGACCUCCGAACAUGUCUUCAGGCUGUCGCCCAGUCCAGCCCUGAGAUCGUCAACCAGGAAGAGAACGACUACAGUGUGUAUGCAUAUGACUUUUCAGAACCCGAUGUGCCCCUGGUAGGGCAAGGGAUGCUAUCACGGGGGCUGGAUCCGAACAAUGAGGCGGCACAACAACAAUUGGUCCCAGGGCGAGUAACCCGCAAUCUGCUCGCCCUUCUCAGCAGCGGGAGCCGGGAAACACUCGAGGUGAAACUCAAGUUGACAAUGGUUGCAAAGGCGCCACCACGACCAGAUUUUUCAGCCCUGGAGGGCUUUAACCUGUCAAACUCUUCUCAGAUGCACGUCGACGACAACUCGGAGUGGAACUCGUUUGUUCAGUCCAGCCAAAUGUUUGGUCAGAAUUCGAAUGUGGCCCAGGUACCAUCACCAGCGCUUCCUCCUGCUCCGGUCCAAAAUCACGGCUAUCACCACAAUCAACACAACCCUCACAGUCAGCCUAAUCAGCACACUCAGCAUAAUCACCACUUCAGCCACCCGAUGCAUGAACCUCGGCCGAUGGAGAUGAGAAGUGAUAGUGCGCCUCCAUAUAUGAAUCGGCCAUCGAGUAUACCACCACCUGAGCCCCAGCCAGCGGCUCCGACGCCACCUGCGUCCCACGGCCUUCCUGGCGUCGCCACAGUCCCUGACCCCCCGAGGACGCACACCCCGAUCCAUAGCGCUCCCUCACCAGCACCUCAACCACAGCCGACAGAAAAUGUAGUCGAGAUGCAACCACAAGCGCGUCCUUCCCGGCCGUCCUCACGAACCUCAACGAGAAGUAGAAGGCAACGACCGCCAACCGGCAGACCACGAGGCCGUCCGCGCAAAUCGACUGCAGAGGGCAACACGUCGGCGGCAGAGGAAGCCACUGACGGUGAUGAAGGCCCACGGAAGAAAAGGGCAAAGGUUAUCCGGGCAGACUAUGCGGCCGUUGUGCCGUUUGGUUCUGCACCAGACUCACUCAGAGUAGCUGCCAGUACCUCAGGGUCGUUGCGCACCAUGAGACCCAUUGGUUCGGGAAACGACGCCCCGACGCCUAACCAUCUUCAAGAUGUCCCUCGUGCGCCAACACCAGUACCUGAUGGGGCUCUUUUGCAGCAGCAGCAAAGGAGAAGAAUGGUAGGCCACAAGGCUCGGUCCGAGUCCGUUGGAAUGGAGAAUAUCCCCGUCUUUCAACACAGACAGCCCCAACUACCCAUGCAUGAGAUGAGCCAGGACGCCCGCUCACCCGUCGAAUCAUUUGGUCAAUCACCAGACCAAGGUUAUUCGCCCGAAGACAGCGUUGGUGACCUGGGCUCCUCACCCCCAGUCCCGCGCACGACCCCCUACCUCCGGUCUAGUCCACCAGCGUCGAGUCCGAUUCUUCCUCCGAUGCCCAUGCGGAAUGUCGACUCCGGCUUUAUGAGCGGCGGUCUUGACGACUUUUUCGACGAGGAUGAUAUGAUGCCGGACCUACCCCCACCACGGAUGCAGGAGCUUUCUGGACCCAUGCCUGCGCAGAUGCAGAUCGCCCAGCCCGUACCUGUGCCCAUGACCAGCAAACCCAACAGCCGCAAGAAUAGUCGAGUUCGUACUGCGUCGCAGCAACAGGAGGUGACAUUCCAAGAAGUAAACCCUGGCCCGCCAGAACUGCUCCCAACCAAGAGCCUCUUCAACCCCGCUGGGCGUGUUAAGACCUUGAACCGACCAACACCCCCACCUACCACACACCGGCCAUCACCACCUCCUGCUUCCCAUCAAGCCGUGGAACGGCCGACAGCUUCCAUCCCGUCCAAUCAGCCAGCGCCAAAGAAACGAAACGCCCGGUCCCUGAAACGAUCGCAUACUGCCCCGAACCCGGUGGUUUCGGAGCAAGAGGCGCCGGUACAACCAGCACAGGCGCAACCGACAACCCAACAUUAUGGCCUGACCCAGGAAUCGGCUCUUCCUCCACAUUUCGAGCAGCCGCCUGGGAGCAUGAACGGUUCCGUGCGGCCCACCGCGGACUUGGACAACAACCAUGUCGGAAACGGUUUCGCCAGGGCCUCUGAGCCUGCUCAGUCGCCUCGAGAGGUGUCAGUUCCUGCAGCGCCGCUGCCGGUGAUGGAGAGCCGCGAGGUUGUCGAACCUUGCUUCCACCAGCAGCAGCCUCUUCCGCCAACAUCUAGACCGCCUUCGCGCCCAGCCUCGCAAGACCCUGGAGUCCCAACCGUCCCAGCCAGCGAUGUCGGGAACGAGCCAAUCUUGACUUUGCCGCAGCCAUUCAUGUCCGAGGCCCCGUGCCCGCCGAGCGAUUUUGACGCGCCUCGCUACAGCAAGAACCUGGUCAAGAAACAGACUAUCAAGGAGCGGUUGGAGUCUGCCAUCAUGAGAGGGGAAUCCCCCCCAUUCUGUAACAACUGCGGCGCAAUUGAGACGCCUACUUGGCGUAAGAUAUGGAUCCAAGAGCACAAGGGAAUCCCGCCGUUCUAUGAGUUUUCGGAUAAGCCAGGUUUCGUUACCAUGAUUGACAUUCUCGAGCGGGAUGCGGAGGGCCAGCCAGCGGCGUAUCGGUUGGUCAAGAAGAAUCUUGGUACCAAGGACGACAAGAAGGUGUGGGUUGAAACCCUCUUGUGUAAUCCUUGUGGCAUAUGGCUUGCCAAGUUCAGAAAUCACCGCCCGCCUGACCGGUGGGAGAAGGAUGCCGCCCGCCUCAACCAAAGCCGUAAGAGGCGCGAAGGCAAGGGCAAGAAGAAGUCACGGGCCAAAAGCGAUGGGCCGGUGAAUCCCACCUCGGAAGCCUACUUCACGACGGACCCUGCUGGCCCAUUGGACCAUGAGUCACCAGAAGAAAACAUUCCUGAGAGCAUCCCUGAGAACGGGACGUUACCAGAAAGCCACAACACAAUCGCGACCGAUGACAAGCUUUUAAACUUGCGGAGCUCCCCAAAACAGCGCUUGCCGGGAUCAACUCACUCGAGGGGUAGUGGAACAGCGGACAGCCCCAUAGCAGUUGAAGAUGAUCUCGGCAGCACAAGAAGGCUGCUCUUCCCGUCACCUAGGAAGGAUGCAAUGCCCCGGGUUCUUGGGGAGCUUUCGGCAAAUGCCACACAAACAGUCACUCACGGUCAGGUGGCCAAGUCCGCUACAUCGGGCAAGGAGAACCACAACACUCUUCCAGCGCGCACUGGUACGCCAGCCAACGGCGGCGACCAGCUCGAUCAAGAGUUGUUUGGUACACCUCCCCGAUGCCCAUCCACUCCACCUCCCAGUUCCACUGCCGCCGGUGUGUUCAGGACACCAACCCGGCCGACGCCCAGUCAUCGCCCCAUAACAAGGAGUGUCUCUAGGUCGAUGCGGUCCCAUCGAAGCAUUGUCAAAUCGCCGAUCGAUGUCUACAUGACCGCCCGCAGGAUCACCACUCCCCGAUCGGGAUCCAACCACGGCCUGCUGGCUCCCCCCAGCUCUUCCGGCAGACGACGAAGUCCCCGACACGCCCCUACCCAGGCACAUUUUGUGCAUGACGAUGAUGCACAGCACUUCGAAUCACCCUUCACCGCGAACCUCGCCCAGCUCCUGAGCGAAGCCAACAACUUCACCACCGGAUCACCUUCCCAUAGGCUGCCUGAGAUUGAUCUCGGGAGCCUUCAAGAUCUGGACGAGGCCGCACUCGCCCAACAGCUCCUCGAAAGCACCAAUGCCGUUGAUUUCGACAACCUUCUCGGUACCGAGUUGGCCAUGCAGCCUAGCUCGCCGCCCUCUACCAGGCGGAAACGUCAAGGUGGUGUCGAAUUCGGAGCGCCACUGGGCGAGAACACAUGGGCGGAACCACAUGGUGCUGGAAAGGGAUACUAA